AUGCGUCGAAGGAGUGUCAUCACCGACGAUGCGCAUCUCGCUGCCCUGGGCAUCAAGCAAGAGCUGCAGAGGAAUUUCAGCCCGCUGUCUAUGCUAGGACUUGCGUUCGCCACGCUCAAUUCCUGGACGGCUUUUUCGACUUCGCUCAACCUCGCUCUCCCCAGUGGAGGUCCCACCGUCGUCCUAUGGGGCCUUGUCGCCGCGGGACUAUGCAACCUAUGUUUGGCAGCCAGUUUGGCGGAGUUCCUUUCUGCUUUCCCAAGCGCAGGAGGACAGUAUCAUUGGGUUGCUGUGAUCAGCUGGAAGAGAUAUAUGCCUAUAUUGAGCUGGGUCACAGGAUGGAUUAAUGUAUUUGGAUGGAUGGCCCUCGUUGCCGUGGGUGGCCUCCUCGGAAGCCAGCUGAUCCUAGGAAUCGUCGCCAUGCAUGAACUGGACUUUACUCCUCAGCCCUGGCAGCAAUUUCUCAUCUUCAUCGGGUAUAUCCUGGUCACUACCCUUUUGAAUGCUUUCGCAAACAGUUUGCUACCAUUGGUCAAUAAAGCUGCCAUUGUUUGGAGCGUGUUAGGAUUCGUCGUUAUCAGCAUCACGGUCCUCGCCUGUGCCUCGCCGAACUACAACUCGGCAGAUGUUGUGUUCCGACAAUUCCAAAACGAGACCAAUUGGCCCGAUGGAGUCGCCUGGUUGCUAGGCUUACUUCAGGCUGGACUCGGGCUGACAGGUUUUGAUGCCACUGCACAUAUGAUCGAGGAAAUCCCUAAUGCUGCUAUUGAAGGCCCAAAAAUCAUGAUUUACUGUGUCGCCAUCGGUAUAGGCACAGGAUUCGUCUUCCUCGUGUGCUUACUCUUUGUUGCGGGCAGCAUCCCAGAUGUUAUCGAGUCACGAUACGGCCCUCUUGGACAGAUCAUUCUUCAUGCCACUGGAAGCCGACCUGGAACUGUCUGCUUACUGAUCUUUCCGCUGGUUUGUAUAAUGUUCGCAACAAACUCAGCCAUGACAACUUCAUCACGCAUGACAUACGCUUUUGCGCGUGAUGGAGGGCUUCCGUUCUCGAAGUUCUUUGCGCGCGUGCACAAGAAGCUCGAUGUUCCACUGGAGGCGCUGGGCCUCACCACCCUGGUUGUUGUCAUAUUCGGUCUGAUCCUCAUUGGCUCGUCCAGCGCGUUCAGUGCUAUCAUCGCCGCUUCCGUCGUCGCUCUAGGCAUCUCUUACGCUAUGCCAGUGGCGAUCAAUUGUCUGCGUGGGCGAAGGAUGCUCCCAUCUACCCGAGCCUUCAUCAUGCCAGAAUGGUUCGCUUGGAUUGCCAAUAUCAUCGGAGUCUGCUAUGUGGUAUUGACCACAGUUUUAUUCCUAUUCCCGCCCGAGUUGCCCGUGAACGGCAUGAAUAUGAAUUACUGCGUUGUGGCCUUCGCUAUCGUGUUCGCAAUUAGCAUGAUUACCUGGAUCUUCGACGGACGAAAGAAUUUCACAGGUCCCAAGUUCGAAAUCAAUCAUCACGUCCUGAGCGCCGAGGAAGUUUCGUCGGAAGAUUUUUCUCCUAAUCAGACGCGAGACGACAUAAAUGAGGAGAAGAAACCAGUGACACAAACACAUUCUUAG